UUGGGUUUUUUAUAUCCAUGGAUGGCGAUAUGUUAAACAUGGACAUGAAGUCAGAAGCAGACAGACAACCAAGAAAAGUGAGGUUCAGGAUAGCGUCAUCUUAUAGUGGGAGAGUGCUGAAAGAAGUCUACACAGAUGGAGACUCCGUGGAUUCUGAAUGUGCCAGCAGCUCGGAGACUGACCAGAACAGCUUACCCAGUGAGACAGACGGCCAGCAUAAUGGCUUCUUAGGUUCGGAGUACGACGAAAGUGAAAAUGAACCCGACGACUUGCUUGUUUUGGCAAGAGCCACUAAGGACAGAGGAUUUGGGACAAAACGAGUGAAUAUACUCAGUAAGAAUGGUACAGUCCGAGGAGUCAAACACAAAGUCAGUGCAGGCCAAGCUUUGUUUGACAACUUGGCAAAGGUUUUCCAGCAGUCCUCUACCACCCUGGAAUAUGGUCGUAUAGUGAUUUACACCACGAGUCUACGUGUGGUAAGAAACACGUUUGAGAGGUGUGAAAUGGUGAGGAAAAUAUUCCAGAAUCACAGAGUAAAAUUUGAGGAGAAAAAUAUUGCCCUGAAUAGUGACUAUGGGAAAGAGCUUGAUGAUAGAUGUCGCAGGGUGUCUGAAAUCCAAUCACUACCUGUUGUAUUCAUCGAUGGCCAUUAUCUUGGGGGUGCUGAAAAGAUACUCUCGAUGAAUGAAUCAGGAGAACUUCAGGACCUGCUAAUGAAGAUUGAGAGAGUUCAGCACCCCCAUGCAUGUGCCUCUUGUGGGGGGUUUGGCUUCCUUCCUUGUCUUGUGUGCCAUGGAAGCAAGAUGUCAGUGUUCCGGAACUGCUUCACAGACUCUUUUAAAGCCUUAAAGUGCACAGCAUGCAAUGAGAACGGGCUGCAGCGCUGUAAAAUAUGCACUGGUUAAGGCAAUCAAACAUUAUUUGCUAAGCCUCAUUUUGCAAUGGAUAAUUUCUUACACAUUUUUUAAGGUGAUAUUUACAUCAAUAAAAUGAAUUUGUACUUACGUG